GACACCGAGAGUAUAUCCAAUACUUUAUGUGACCUACUAUCAACCGAUAAUCUGCCGACAUCCAAGAAGAUGGAUCUGAAUGGAACGUUCUUCAUCAACAACAUUACGAUAACGACAGCGAGAAAAAGCUAUGAUUCCAUUGACGUAGACGUCGGGACUACGUCCUGCGGCUCCUUCGACGACGAAGCCUGUUAUGUCACAUGCUCCCACCGUCACGUUGAACAAACGAGUGACUGCUUGGUGACCAUGAACGUCACGUGCGACCUCGACAACGUGAUGGGGCGGUACGUGCGACUACGUCAGAACAACGCCACUGGUCUGGUGCUGUGUGACGUAAAUAUCAUGGGCUGGACGGACCGUAAUAAGACAUCAGUUAAUUUUGCGCUGAACGCGCCGUGCAACCAGAGCUCGACAUGGCACAACGACUGGUCAGCAGGCAAGGCAGUGGAUGGCAACAGGAACGGAACUAGGGCGGGGUUGUCGUGCAGCCACACCAUGGACGGAAACUACGAGAAGGUCCACUGGUGGCAAGUGAACCUGAGGAAGUUGGUUCUUGUGUCAUACAUUGUCAUCGCAAACCGCGUGGACAGCUGCUGCACUCACAGACUGGCCAACUUCACUGUGGAGCUGGGGCGUCUGGAGUCCAACGGCAACAUCAGCUACACGCUGUGUCGUUACCAUGGCGGCGUUGCUGGACCUCUGACGACCCUGAACUGCACGAAGUCCAUCUGGGGUCAGUUUGUCCGCAUAUCACAAGAGGAUGAACUACUCACACUGUGUGAAGUCGAAGUCUACGGAGACACACACGGUAACAACACAGGACAUUUCACAGAGAUGGCGCUCAUCCCUGACUUGACCUGUGACGACCUCAAACUGCGUACAUCGCUGGCAACACCGCAAAUCACGACAGCAGGGACAGCAUCAACCAUGCUUCCGACUGAUGCAACGGGGUUAAACAUAUUUUCAGAAGACACUUUCGGAAGCUAA